CACGUGGUGCGGCCCCGCCGCUGCCAGCGCCGCGCGUCCCGAGCGCGCUCCGGCCGCCGCCCGCUCCCCGCAUGUCGCUGGCGCCGCGCCCCGCGCCCCCACAGCCGCCCGCCGCCGCCCUCCGCCGCAGCCGCCACCGCCGCCGCCCUUGAUGUGGUUCGGGGCCGGGCGGGGGAGAAGAUGCCGCCGUCCAAGUCCCGCAAGAUCGCGAUCCUGGGCUACCGGAGCGUGGGAAAAUCUUCACUGACGAUCCAGUUUGUGGAAGGACAGUUUGUUGAUUCAUAUGAUCCAACCAUAGAGAACACUUUUACAAAACUGAUCACAGUAAAUGGCCAAGAAUAUCAUCUUCAGCUGGUUGACACUGCUGGCCAGGAUGAAUACUCCAUAUUUCCUCAGACGUACUCCAUAGACAUCAAUGGCUACAUUCUUGUUUAUUCAGUCACGUCAAUAAAAAGUUUUGAAGUGAUAAAAGUUAUCCAUGGCAAGUUAUUGGAUAUGGUGGGAAAAGUCCAAAUACCCAUUAUGCUGGUUGGAAAUAAAAAAGACCUGCAUAUGGAACGGGUGAUCAGCUAUGAAGAAGGGAAAGCUUUAGCAGAAUCCUGGAACGCAGCUUUCUUGGAAUCUUCUGCUAAAGAAAAUCAGACUGCCGUUGAUGUUUUUAAGAGGAUAAUUCUGGAGGCAGAAAAAAUCGAUGGGGCAGCUUCACAAGGGAAGUCUUCAUGCUCAGUAAUGUAAUUCCACUGCAGAACCUGAAAACACUGGGAAUACAUUCUACCUGAAGAAGCAAAACUGCCCAUUAUCUUUAAGGAUAAACUAUGCUUCUUUUUUUUUUUUUUUUUUUUUCAAUUUUUUUUCUUCUGUUAACCUGAAAGAUAAACAGUUGGUUUGGAGCCUUUCCCUUCAGAUUAUGUUAAACUCUGACUCCUGUGCAAAUGGCUUCACUUCCAUUUUCAAAUUUUAAGCAAUCAUAUUUUCAAUUUAUAUAUUGUAUUUCUUAAUAUUAUGACCAAGAAUUUUACUGGCAUUAAUUUUUCAGUGUAGUUUGUUGGUUAGAAUAAUCAUCAAAAUGAUGCAUAUUGUUACACUACUAUUAACUAGGCUUGGAUAUCAGUGUUUCUUUGUGUUAAAUGUAUACUUGUAAAUAAAAUAGCUGCAAACCUUAAA